UGCACCGAGAGAAGACUACACGCCGAGAGGAGGGGGCUGGAAGUCUGAGACGCUUCCAGCCUGAAGGGGCCGGCGGGUUUUGGCCAUAGUACCCGGACAAGCUAGCUUGUACCCGCGCAGCUAAGUGAAUGGGAUGGAGCCGGGACCGUCUGGCGCUGGUAGGUCUAUUUUUUGUACUUAGUGUUUAAUAAAAAAAAUGUUAUCAGUCCGCAUACCUGAGUUAUGGCUGCUGCAAAUACAUAGACUGCAACUGAGGAAAAAAGGGGAGCUUGGUGAGAACAACGUCUGUUGCAUCGUUACAGAGGGAGAUGGAGAUGGAGGUGGAGGAUGGGGGGCUCCCUUGUAGUCUGCAUGCACACCACUUUGUAGACAACGUUAUUAUUUAUCCAGAUUUAUAGCUGUACACGAGCCUUUUGAGGGAGCGCUGACAAUGUCCUCAGCCAUGCGCGGGGCCAGGGGAGGUCGUGGGAAUCUGGGGUGACGAGGGAUGAGGUGAAGCCCGCCUUCAAGCACCACCACAGCAGCAGCAGCUGGCUGCACCCAGAACUCCCCACACAGCCUCCCUUUUCACUGACAUGGUUAUGGAUGCUCACACUGUUCAGGUUCUUCCGAAGAGUGUUAAAAAUCUGUGCACAUUACACACACAUCAGGGACACAGGUUUAAACAUCUGCAGAGACGCAUGAAUUAUUUAUAUGUGUUGAACCAAAAAUAAUCCUCAAUUGUGAUACCCGUGCAUCUGCUGUCAGAGUUCACAGAAGCUCUUUCUUUUUUUAGACUUGGGAAAGACUGAGAAGCAUGUGCAGUGUGCAUUGCAGUUAUCUGUGGGGUUUCGGUCUGCAUGCUUUAUGUGCUUCAGAUGUGCUGAUCAGGGGCAGUGCUGGUCUUUAUUUGGCAGUUGUCUUGGAUGGCUGAGGUGUGGAAGCAGCCAAUUGAAACACAAGGUAGUGUUUGUCUUCAUGCCCAGGUCUAAAGUCCAGCUAUCACGGAACAUCUUGAACCCUAGCACUUAUAAUCCCGCCUUGAGUCUGUCUUGUACUUUUGGAAGGCAGGGUUAACUUGAAUGCUGUCUAUUGUUUUUUAAAGGAGAUAGUGAGCUCAUAGAGGACCUGUUAACUGCAUCAUUUGGAUGGCGUCUUUACAAGAGAUUGAAAUUACGUUGUCAAUCCAUGACACUGAGCAUGGAAUUCAGUUGAAUAGGCUUGUUUUUAUUUUUUAGGAUUGGGGGGGAGGGGCCCCUCAUCUCAAAGUCUGCUUUUGUGUUUUGAAGUGUGAUUAUUCAACGUGCUAUUUUCCAAGAUAGAGCUGAUUGCCAUGUUUAGCUCGUGGUCAACAGCCAAUUAUUCAGAGAGCCAAAACUGUUUGGCCCAAAACAAUUGAAGUAUAAUUGUCUGUUCCUCCUCAUUCAUGCACUUGGUCAUGAUCUCCUGAUGAGGGAAGGGGUCACCACUGCUCCCUGUUUUGAGAUUGUAUAGCCUUGUUUCUUUUGCGAUGUGAAUUAUUUUAAUUGUUUCACUGUUGUCCUCCAGAUGUCACCAAAAGGAUCACUAAAUGAACCAAAAUAAAGGGGGUAAAACAUGUACAUGUUUCCCUUGAUAGUCGUCCUUUCCCCAUGUGACCUGGUCUUACUUGCUUGUUACGUCACCGUAGACAGAAAGUUGUGAGUUGUGUCUUCAUGUCGUGAUGCAGCACCGAACCUCUGCUUUAAGUCUUGCCGCCCUGGGAAAAGCGCGCUAUUGUCUUGGGAUGUGUGAAAGCGCUGGCUCCGCUUCCCACCAUCUGCCUUCACUGGCACGAGGGCGAAGUGUGCGUCAUUGUGUGAGUGCGCGGCGAUCACAACUCACCCGAGACACACAUGCGCACACACACACACACACACACACACAUACUUGCUCUCCUGCACAUGGAGGUCAACACAUGUCUGGCGUCUGGGUUUGUGGUGUUUGUCCGAUUUGUGUGAUUUUUACACGUAGACACACAUGAAGCAGAGCCAUCUUUCUGUGUUUCAUGGCUGGCGUUACUCUUCCUGUUAGUUUGGCAUUUUCCAAAAAGCUCAGUGAGCUUAUGAUUGAGUGGUACGAGGAUUUCCAUCGCAGCUAUUUCAAGCAGGGCUUUUCCCGUUUGGGAUACACAAUGUAGUGACCAGAAAGGCCAAGGUCUCUUCAAUAUGACCACAGCGGCACCCUGCCUCCUCCCAUCUCCUCCAACAGCCAUACACACACACAGAGACACACAGACAGAGGUCCCCUGAUAUCCAUGACAAUGCUGUGUUGCCGUGGUGUCUCCAUGGUGAGGCUGGGAAUGUAGAGGGGGCCCCCUGUGUGUGUGUGUAUGAGGGUGUGUGUGUGUGUGUGUGUGUUCACCGUAGCAAGGGCGCUCCCUCUAUUCCGUACACCCGUGUGUGUGUGUGUGUGUGUGUGUGUGUGAGAGAGAGAGACAGAGGAGCAGGGCAGCUGGGGUCUUUGUUGUGGUGGAGGAGGGCUGUUCUCUGGGGACCCAGAGGUUAAGGCACUGGGCCCCUCUCAGGCAGGAGUCACACAGCCAGCCUCACAUCUAGCACCUAGUCCUGGACCCUCCCUAUGUUAAGACCUCCUGACAUGAUGGUCACUGAUCAGUGGAUGCGGCGGGCUACUUGUUACUUCCUCUGCCAAUGAAAUGCUGGUUGGUCUAUAAAAUGUUUAAAAUAAGAGUGGAGUAUGCCGAAAUCCGCUCCCAGAGCCUUCCUCUGCUUUCACUUGUUCCCUUUCUUGUUCUUGCCAUUGCUUUGCCUCCUCAUUCCUACCAUCUCUGCCUCUGAACCGCCUCCCCUCUGUCACCCGUCUUCAUCGAUGGCUCCCUGUCUCCUUGUCUCUCCAGUGCCCAUGGGGGACUUCCCCCCACCCCUGCAGCAGGUGUUCCAUGCCCCCCGCCGGCCAGGCAUGGGUACCGUGGGCAAGCCCAUCAAGCUGCUGGCCAACUACUUCGAGGUGGAGAUCCCAAAGAUUGACGUCUAUCACUACGAGGUGGAGAUUAAGCCUGACAAGUGCCCGCGGAGAGUCAACAGGGAGGUGGUGGAAUACAUGGUGCAACACUUCAAGCCCCAGCUCUUUGGCGACAGGAAGCCAGUGUAUGACGGCAAGAAGAACAUCUACACGGUGCUAGCGCUUCCAAUCGGGAGUGAGAAGGUGGAUUUUGAGGUAACCAUCCCAGGUGAGGGCAAAGAUCGAAUCUUCAAGGUGUCCAUCCGUUGGCUGGCCAAAGUGUCAUGGCGCCUGCUGCAGGAGACUCUGGUCAGUGGUCGGCUGCAGGUCCCCCUCGACUCGGUCCAAGCCCUGGAUGUGGCCAUGCGCCACCUGGCCUCUAUGAGGUACACUCCAGUGGGCCGCUCAUUUUUCUCCCCACCUGAAGGAUACUACCACCCACUGGGUGGGGGGAGGGAAGUCUGGUUUGGCUUCCACCAGUCUGUGCGCCCCGCCAUGUGGAAGAUGAUGCUCAACAUUGACGUGUCGGCCACGGCCUUCUACAAAGCCCAGCCUGUAAUCGAGUUCAUGUGUGAAGUUUUGGACAUCCGCAAUAUCGACGAGCAGCCCAAGACUCUCACGGACUCGCAAAGGGUCCGCUUCACCAAGGAGAUUAAAGGCCUGAAGGUGGAGGUGACUCACUGUGGCCAAAUGAAGAGGAAGUAUCGUGUAUGCAAUGUCACCCGACGACCUGCCAGCCACCAAACGUUUCCCCUCCAGCUCGAAAGUGGGCAGACAGUAGAAUGUACAGUGGCCCAGUACUUCAAGCAGAAGUACAACCUGCAGCUAAAAUACCCCCACCUACCCUGUCUACAGGUGGGGCAGGAGCAGAAGCACACCUACCUGCCUCUGGAGGUGUGUAACAUUGUAGCAGGUCAGCGGUGCAUCAAGAAGCUGACAGAUAAUCAGACCUCCACCAUGAUCAAAGCCACAGCUCGCUCUGCACCCGACAGACAAGAGGAGAUCACCAGGCUGAUGAAGAACGCUAACUUCAACCUGGACCCGUACAUCCAGGAGUUUGGGAUCAAGGUGAAAGAUGACAUGGCUGAGGUGACGGGCAGGGUGCUCCCAGCCCCUAUCCUGCAGUAUGGAGGACGGAACCGUGCCAUAGCAACCCCCAACCAGGGAGUGUGGGACAUGAGGGGGAAGCAGUUCUAUAACGGCAUCGAGAUCAAAGUGUGGGCGAUUGCCUGCUUUGCCCCCCAGAAGCAGUGCAGAGAAGAGGUGCUCAAGAACUUCACAGACCAGCUACGUAAGAUCUCAAAGGAUGCCGGGAUGCCGAUUCAGGGUCAGCCAUGUUUCUGUAAAUACGCCCAGGGAGCGGACAGCGUGGAGCCCAUGUUCAGACACCUGAAGAACACCUACGCCGGCCUGCAGCUCAUCAUCGUCAUCCUGCCGGGAAAGACUCCUGUCUAUGCCGAGGUAAAGCGUGUGGGAGACACCCUCUUGGGCAUGGCCACGCAGUGCGUCCAGGUGAAGAACGUGGUGAAGACGUCCCCUCAGACCCUCUCCAACCUCUGCCUCAAGAUCAACGUGAAGCUGGGAGGCAUCAACAACAUCCUGGUGCCUCACCAACGGUCAGCAGUGUUUCAGCAGCCGGUUAUCUUCCUGGGAGCAGAUGUCACGCACCCCCCUGCUGGAGAUGGCAAGAAGCCCUCCAUUACUGCUGUGGUAGGCAGUAUGGAUGCUCAUCCCAGCAGAUACUGUGCCACAGUGCGAGUCCAGAGGCCCAGGCAGGAGAUCAUCGAAGAUUUGUCGUACAUGGUGCGGGAACUGUUAAUUCAGUUCUACAAGUCGACCCGGUUCAAGCCCACCAGGAUCAUUUUCUACAGAGACGGAGUUCCCGAGGGACAGUUGCCACAGAUUCUCCACUACGAGCUCCUGGCCAUCAGAGAUGCGUGCAUCAAGCUGGAAAAAGACUAUCAGCCGGGCAUCACCUACAUCGUGGUGCAGAAACGCCACCACACACGCCUCUUCUGUGCUGACAAGUCUGAAAGGAUUGGGAAGAGUGGGAAUAUUCCUGCAGGGACUACAGUGGACACCAGCAUCACUCAUCCCUUUGAGUUUGACUUCUACUUGUGCAGCCACGCGGGCAUACAGGGUACCAGCCGGCCGUCUCACUACUACGUCUUAUGGGAUGACAAUCGUUUCACGGCUGAUGAGUUGCAGAUUCUGACUUACCAGUUGUGCCACACGUACGUGCGCUGCACCCGCUCAGUCUCCAUCCCUGCGCCAGCCUACUACGCCCGUCUUGUGGCCUUCCGUGCCCGCUACCAUCUGGUGGACAAAGAACAUGACAGUGGAGAGGGCAGCCAUGUGUCUGGUCAGAGCAACGGUCGGGACCCUCAGGCGCUGGCUAAAGCUGUUCAGAUUCACCACGACACCCUGAGUACCAUGUACUUCGCCUGAGCCACACCAACCAUCACCACCAUCGACCCCUCCCACCUCAUUUCUACCUGAGUGGGCACACAGCCCACCACCACCACCUCAUCCCCAUUCCCUUAUUCCAAAUGACUGCCCACCAGACAUACUCCACAGACCUGCCAGUCAUUCACCCAAAUCCAACCAACAUAAGGCCCCUCACCUGUAAAACACAGGCAGACUCUACAGCCUCAUGCACUCAAAAUGGUUAUGAAUAUUAUUAUCAUUGUCUUUUUUUAAUUAUUUUUUUAACUUUACCAGGACUGUUGCUCUUUUUUUAUGUUGAAUUUUUAAACGUGGGUAUUAUUAUGUAAUUGUAAUGUAAGCUACCUUCACACUCCUGUGUAUGUGAGUAUGCAAUACGGACGGGAGGAAAACAGGCGGGAAAAAAAGAAUCACAAAAAACCUUUUGAACUGCCACCAGGAUGAUGCCUCUUUACAAGUGUUCCAAGCCCCUUAGCAUGGGGAUCCUCCUGAGACACGCACACCUACAUGUAUCAUUAUAUCGUUGUUAUGAAGUACAUUCAUGUUUUUAAUGUUUUUUUAAUAAUAAUGUUGUUAUUAUUAUUUUUUUUUAACUGCCUUGAGGAGUCUGAGGCAUGGUACAUUAGCACUUAGCGUUAGCAUGUAGGUGCCACCAGUCCUGCACGUGAGAGUUUGUUAGAACAUGUGAGGCUAGCCCUCUGGUCUUUGUGUUAGCGGAGACAGAAAGAGCAGGCGUAGCAUAUCGUAGAUACUGCAGAGAAGUCCUGCCGCACUCUCCGUGCCGGUUGGCCAGUCCCUUUAGAGAUUUAGCCUAUAGAGGCAAGCUUACGAUAACAAUAGAGGGACCAUUUACAUUGAGUUUUAUCAAAUAUACUUGCACCCCAUGCACCUAAACCAGCAUUAUUAACCAACCAAUGGAAAAGGGGCACUUAAACAGGAAGAUAAUCUUUCAUUUCUGUGUAUUAGUAUUUACGAGGCACUUUUUCAAUUUUUUUUAUUUACUUAUUGAGUUUUUAUUUUUUUUUUACCUCAAAAUAGUAAGAUGCAUAGCUUUCUGAACAAAUAGGUAACUAAGGCAAUAGGUGAGGUCAACACUCCUCUGUAGAUUUGAAUGCAGGCAAAUGUAACGUCUGUGAUCACUUAAGUGCUGCAAAGCUGAACUCUCACUCAGCGAUUGACCUUGCUCCGAUCAUUCUGCACAUUCCAA